AUGCACAUUUAUUCCUCUUUCUUCCUCUUGAAAAAAACAGGCUUUAAAGUGUUCUGUGACGUGGCAGAGGGCAAGGUGGACACCAUCACCUGGAAAAAGGAUGGGCAGCCCCUUCCUGCAGAGAGAGGAUCCCACCUCUCCGGCAGCCUCAGCGUGUUGUCCCUGAGAUCGGCCAAGAAGUCGGACUGUGGCUCCUACUCCUGCAACGCCAGCAACAGGAUAAGCUGGCAAGAAACCUCUCUGAACAUCACCAUCGCAGGUCUCUCCCCUGCCUUGCAGGACGUGCUGAGGCUCGCAGUGGUCGCCGUGGUCUUCGCUGCCACCUCGGGAUGGGGAUUGAUUUUUCCCGUCUGCCAGUCUGAAAAGCUCCGAAUACGGGGGGAGCUGUGGAGGUGGCUCAGUGCCUACACCUGCGGGCUGGUGUGCGUCGCCUCCAUCCUCACCAGCACCGCCGGGAUCCUCUGGAUGCGAGAGGAAGGCCCUUCUGUUGCCAUCAUCCUGCCCCAGAUUGCCCUCGCAUACGCCAUCGUGGUGAACUUCCUGGUCUCUGCCACCGUGACCUUCCAGCCUGCAAAGUUCACCCAAUUCAAAAGCAGAACGGCACAGCAGACCUUGGGCUACGCCGCUCCCGGAGGGGUGGUUUCGGUGGUGCUGACGACCAGCGUCCUCAUGAAGAACAUCCACCAUCGCCACGAAGAAGGAUGCACGGAGCUGGUGGAGGUGACCGCCCUCGUGGUCAGCACGGCGGCCGUCUCGGCCCUCCCACUCCUCGCCAUCUUCCUCUGCUACCACACGACCCAGGGAUGGCAGAAGGAACGUGACUCCAGCUCCGUGGACAAGGAGAGGUCCUUCGAAAUGUCCCAGCUGGCCAGCAGGGACUCUUUCUCCACCCGUUAGAGGUUGUUCCUCCCUCAGCUGAGCCAACCCGACCUUUCUCCCAGGUUUGGUGGGUUCAGGGCUCUCGGUUCCCGUGGGGUUGACCCUCUGCAAAGUCUGUAAUAAACGGCAGUGAAAUGAACCCAUUUCUGCCUUUUUUCUUAAACAGAGAACCGGGGGAGGCCCAAUGCACAUUUAUUCCUCUUUCUUCCUCUUGAAAAAAACAGGCUUUAAAGUAAAGA